AUGUCGACCAGUUUGGUGCAUAUUUUACCCCCCAUUGAAGCAGAUCAAGAUGAGAACGAAGCCGAUGCGCGCGCUGCGCUGGUGAAGCUUUCCAAAUGCAUCAAGGUCUUGGGAAGUGCAUGGCAGGAGGCUCUGCAGGAGCUUCACAAUGCCCAGCGGAAUAUGUUGGAAUUGAACAGCAUAACCAUCAACAGCGCCAUUCGUUCUUGCGCACUUGCUGGGGAAUGGCAACAGGCACUCUGGAUGUUGUCCCAGAUGACCAAUGGCAACUUGGAGCUCGGCACCCAAACUGACCAAGUCCCCAUCUUUUUGUGGAUCCGCAAGCCUUUUGGCUGUAGCAGCUUGAUCUCACAGCCCGCGUGCGGCGAGCAUAGAGCAUCUCAGAUGGCUGGUCUGGGCAUUCCGGUGAAGUUGCUACAUGAGGGCAUUGGCCACACCGUGACAUGCGAGCUAAAGACUGGAGAGAUGUACCGAGGCCACUUGAUGAACUGUGAGGACAACAUGAACGCCAUGUUGGAAGGUGUGACGGUCACCGGCCGCGACGGCAAGGUGACGAACUUGGAGCAGGUGUACCUGCGCGGGUCGCAGAUCCGAUACUUCAUCCUGCCCGAUAUGUUGCGACACGCCCCUAUGUUCAAGAAGAAGGGCCGCGGCGCCGGACGUGGUGUCUACGGCCCCGGCGGCAAGGGCCGCGGCAAGGGUCUGGCGCAGAGGGCACGCACCGCAGCAGCUGCCACGCGGAAAUGAGCGAAGGAUGAGAUGAUCCGGGGUUGGAGCAGCUUAACAUUCAAAUAUAGGGCCCAUAUAUCUGGGUAAAUUUGAUCACGACCGAACCCUGUUCUCCC